GAAAAAUUUGGCUCUGUCAUGUGAUCAGCUGUGUCCAAUCACAGCUGAUUUCAUGUAAAUAAGGAAAUGCUGGUUAUCGGCAUUUCUCUCCUCAUGAGCUGUCACGCUGAUAGCUCAUGUACACUUAUCAUCAGGGCACUGAUGAUCAGUGUGCCCUGAUGAUCAGUGUAGCCCCAGCAGUGUCACCUAUCAGUGCCCAUCAAUGCAACUGCCAGUGCCCAUUAGUGCCACAUAUUAGUGCCUACCAGUGCACAUCAAUGCAACAUAUCAGAGCUUAUCUGAGCUGCUUUUCAGUGCCACUUAUCAAU